AUGAGACAGGUCUAUCAUGAUUGUAUCCCAUUCUCCUCGCUGGCGGGACGAUCGGAGCAUGCUGGCUUCAUGGUAUUGCCCAAUUCCACAAAGUUGGAGAGCCGUGCGUUGGAUACACCGAAGGAAGCCAAGCGCCAGUGCGCAUGGUCAACCUCACACAUUUCAUGCCCAGGCAGCGAUGACUCGUCUGAUGACCCGGAUCCUGACUGCGAUAUGUUGUCUUUGCAGGCCAAAAUGCUGUACAAACGAAGUGAAAAAGAGCCAAUGGACUACUGCAAGCAGAACACCAGGAAAGAUGCCACACAAUACGAGGGCUUCACAACCGACGGGUUACAAAUCAAUUUCCCAACUUUUCCAUCCUCCGGAGACUUGGCUAAAAAGUUCGGCGCGUCCAAUGUCGUGUCAUAUGAUGGGAUUAAACCUGAUGACUGCAACGACUUCGACUUUGGAAUCGUCACCACUCCCAACGAGCCAGGCAAAAACAAACCACGCUACGAUGCCGAGCACGUUCUUGGAGCCCAGGUGCGAUCCAAUGUUCUGUCUUAUGACAGUGGCUCUGAUAACGAUGGUGAUACCGAAAUGGGCGAGGCCGACGAUGACGGGUUCAAUGAACCCCGCCAGGGACACACGGGAGUCAUCCACAUGUGUGAUUACAUGAAGGUUUGGUGGGCGAAGAACGAUGAUGACAAAAAUGCCUGGAGUGCCCACAAAUUUGUUGCCUCGGCUUAUCCUGGGAAAGAUGGAAGGAAAUGGAUAAAUGCUGAAGAGUUUGUGCUUCUUCCUGCAUACAUCAACUCUUCAGUGAAAGCAAAUUAUUUUGGAGGAAACGAGGAAACUCACAAAACAUGUUUGAAUGUGAUCAUGAAGAAGGCUAAAGACAAAAGGCAGCCUGACUGGGGCUCAGCGUUGAAAUAUGUAAAGGCCCAUAUUUACUUCUACAAAUACCUUGGAACUCCCGAAAUCCAAAGGAUUCUGGGGAAGCAGGUCAAUCGGGUUGUCCAUAACAUGUAUGAGUUUCAUCCACAUGACACUGUCACACAAGGACAAAUACUAACUUCAGCUGGCAAGGAGCAAGCGGAGGACAAUCUCUUACAGCAGAACAUCGGUGGGAUCCAGGGAUAUGUGGAUCCAAAAGCCCCUUACCGAAAACAGGACUUCGCAGAUGAAUGGCGUAUCCUCCCCAUCGCAUCUGUAGCCCGUUCAUGA